AUGCCCGUUCCUCUUCUUUCUCUAGCCGUUCAGGAAGGCAUCUCGAAGAUCCCAUAUGCCUGGACGGUGCUCCGCAUCGUGCCGUGGGUGCUACUUGUGGGCGUGGUGAAAUGGUACUUCGGCGGAGCAAGCAAUGGCUCCGAGCGAGUGCUGCACUCGAAGGUGGUCAUGGUCACGGGUGGCACAUCUGGCAUCGGCGCAGCAGUAGUACAACAACUAGCGUCCCGCGGCGCCCAAGUCAUCCUCCUCACGAAACAAUCGCCCUCGGAUAUCUUCCUAGUUGAAUACAUCGACGACCUUCGCCGCAUAACCGGCAAUCAACUCAUCUACGCCGAACAAGUGGACCUCACCUCUCUACACUCCGUCCGCACAUUCGCCACAAAAUGGAUUGACAACGUCCCGCCGCGCCGAUUGGACACCAUCAUUCUCUGCGGCGGGACAGCAGAACCAGCGCGAGCACACGGGCAGACAGAAGACGGCAUAGACCGAGAAUGGCAGGUCAACUACCUGGCGAACUACCACCUACUGAGCAUCCUCAGCCCCGCGCUGCGCGUGCAGCCGGCACACCGGGACACACGAGUCAUCUUCGCAACCUGCUCAAGUUACAUCGGGGCGCAGUUCGAGCUAGACAAUGUGAAGCGCGGGGUGGGGAUGGCCAUCCCCCCGAAACCCGGCCAACCCAAAAACAAGAACAACAGCAACAAACGGCCCAAGGGCAUCUAUGCGCUCAGCAAGCUGGCGCUGAUGAUCUUCGCGCAGUCGUUCCAGCGCCACCUCAACUCGUACGAGCGGCCCGACAAACUUCCGCCAUGCACGCGCGUGCUGAUCGUCGACCCGGGCCAGACGCGCACGCCUGGCAUGCGGCGCUGGCUAACGGGCGGCUCGCUGUGGGGGUUGGUGCUGUAUCUCCUGACGUGGCCCGUGUGGUGGCUGUUCCUCAAGUCGCCGCACCAGGGCGCGCAGAGUAUCCUGUACGCUGCCAUGGAGGAGCGGUACCAGCGCGGCAACGGCGGCUGGCUCAUCAAGGAGUGUCGUGAGGUCGAUUGUGCGCGCUCUGAUGUGCGCGAUGACGCGCUCGGGAAGCGGCUGUGGGAGUUUAGCGAGAAGCAGAUUGAGGAGACUGAAAAGGAGGGUGCUGUUAAGCGCGCGCUGGAGAAGAAGGAGGCCGAGCAGAAGGCUGAGACGCAGACGCGCAAGGAGACUGCGUCGGCUAAGGCGCAGACUACUGGGUCGAGACGUAGCCGGAAGAACAAGUAA